AUGGCUCAACCCGAGAAGAGAGAUACGCUAUACGAGUAUCCUUAUAAUCCAGAAGACUAUGAUUACCAUUAUUAUUUAGAUAUUCCCUACGGAUACGAUGUGGAAACUUCAACCUACAAUUCAGCAUUAGAAACAGCGCGGGAUUUUACCUCAUCAAUUUACGAAGAUUCUUACGAAGGAAAGAUGGAGAGAAAAGAUAGUUUGGAGUUGAAAACUUUGAAUUCAGGUUCUACAUAUACCGAAACAGAACCAUCAAUACGAGAGGCUCCGUCAAUCGCAAGGCAACAAAGUACGAAGAGCACGAAGAGUUUUAAACACACGCAGGGUUUGUUCAAAAUGAUGUCGAUUAGGAAUUUAAGACGUUCUCCUCCUCCUGAGGAGAUUUCCUUGGAUGAUUCCGUAGAAACACUUGCUGCACCUUCAGCAUCCUCGACGACGACUCCAGUGGAAUCCAAAGAGACUAAAGAACCACCGAAACCUAUGGAGCCAGGAGGACCUGGCGGGCCUGGAGGACCACCAAAGGAAAUAUUCCCAGAGAUGGAUAUGGAGAAGAACUUGGUGGGAUGGACGGGACAAGAUGAUCCAGCACAUCCGAGGAAUCUUCCAGACAAGAAGAAAUGGUUAAUGUUGGCGUCCGUCAGUCUGAUUACAUUCUUGAGGCAACUCGGAUGUGCACUCGCGCCAAACAUUCACGUACUAAUUCUCUUCCGCUUCUUCGCCGGUCUGGGAGGAUCCGCAUGUCUCGCUAUUGGUGGUGGUGUUGUCGCAGAUUUAUUCCCAAUUCAACAACGUGGAAAAGCCCAAGCCAUGUUCGUGAUGGGACCACUCUUCGGGCCCGUCCUCGGUCCCGUAAUCGGAGGAUUCAUCGCCCAACGCGCCGGAUGGCGCUGGGUAUACUGGGUACUUCUAGUUGCCUGCGCCGCUCUCUCCAUCUUCUAUGUGAUCGUCGGAAAAGAAACAUCAGCCUCCGUCCUCAUCCGUCGCAAAACCAUUGCUCUUCGCAAGGAAACAGGAAAUCCAGAUCUUCUCUCCGCAUAUGAUGCCAAAAAGCCAGCCGCAGCAUUGAAAUUCAAAGCAGUGCUUUUAACGGGCAUAGCCAGACCAUUCCGCAUGAUGUUUUCCUCACCCAUUCUCCCUCUCCUUGCCCUCUGGAUGUCCUUCAUCUUCGGACUCAUCUACCUCCUUCUCACAUCCAUCGCCCAGGUCUUCGAAGAGAUCUACGGGUUCUCCAUCGAAAUUGCCUCGCUAGCAUAUCUAGGACUCGGUCUCGGUUUCUUCCUCGGCAUGUUCACCGUUGCCAAAACUUCAGACCCUACAAUUAUUGCAUUAACCAAGAAAAACAACGGAGUAUACCAGCCCGAGUUUCGUCUCCGCAACGGUCUCUUCUUCGCUUUCUUCAUCCCUGGUUCCUUCUUCUGGUAUGGUUGGACCUCAUAUUACCGCGUUCACUGGAUCGUCCCAAUUCUUGGACUAAUACCUUUUGGUUUUGGAACAAUGGGUGUAUUUGCUGGUAUCCAAACGUAUUAUAUCGAUACCGGCAAACAAUAUGCAGCAUCUGCCAUGGCUGGACUUACAGCCAUUCGAUGCGUGUUUGCAGCCUUUUUGCCGUUAGCCGGUAAACCCUUAUAUAAUAAUCUGGGGCUGGGAUGGGGAAAUAGUGUUUUGGGAUUUAUUGGAUUGAGCUUGAUCCCGGCGCCAUUUUUUAUUUAUAAAUAUGGUGGGCUUCUGAGGGAGAGGUAUCCGGUUAGGGUUGAUUAG